GGUGCUCCGGGAGCUGAUGACAAUGGACAAUUGUUGAGCAGGCCCCUCUCUUUGGAGUUUCUUCCUUUUAUAGUAAGUAGCAGUUGCUCCUGCAGCUGGCCUGCCCCUCUGGUGUGAGCACCGGGCUGGGUAUAUAAGGGAAAGGAGCCGACUUUGCCUUUCGUCCUUCGGUCUGUUGCCUUGUGGGGUGGGAAGACCCUUCUCAGCUCCUUUGCAAAGAACCCAGCACCAUGGCCCCCAAGAAACCUGAACCAAAGAAAGAAGCCGCCAAGCCUGCUCCUGCACCAGCACCAGCACCAGCCGCAGCCCCAGCCCCGGCACCAGAACCACCAAAGGAACCCACCUUCGAUCCCAAGAGCAUAACAAUUGACUUCAGCGCUGACCAGAUUGAAGAGUUCAAGGAGGCCUUCAUGCUGUUUGACAGGACCCCAACCGGGGAGAUGAAGAUCACCUACAGUCAGUGUGGUGAUGUCCUGCGGGCUCUUGGGCAGAACCCAACCAAUGCUGAAGUCCUGAAGGUGCUGGGCAAGCCCAAAGCAGAAGAAAUGAACACAAAGAUGCUGGACUUCGAGACCUUCCUCCCAAUGCUGCAGCACAUCUCCCGCUCCAAGGACCAGGGAACCUUUGAGGACUUUGUGGAAGGCCUGCGUGUCUUUGACAAGGAGGGGAAUGGCACAGUCAUGGGUGCAGAACUGCGCCAUGUGCUUGCCACACUGGGUGAGAAGCUGACAGAAAGUGAAGUGGAGCAAUUGAUGACAGGACAGGAAGAUGCCAACGGCUGCAUCAACUAUGAAGCUUUUGUCAAGCACAUCAUGUCUGGUUGAAACAAGAAUCUUCAGGGUUUUCUGAAAUGUUUCCAUCCAACUAAGCAUUACCAACAGCAAGAAUUCUUGACCCAUGUCCCUUCCUUCCUAAAAUGUCCUGAGUCCGCAGCUGUAUCUCACAUGAGCCACAACAAAGAAUCCUCAUAGCCACAAUGUACCAACCCUACACUAUUGUGUGCAAUCACCUCUGUAUAUAAAAGGACAUGUCUGCCCUUCCAUUUUUAAUCUUAAUUUAUUCUUUUGAUCUUUUUCCCCUGCGUCGAUUGACCCAUUAAAUUUCACCCACACCCUGAA